AUGGCUGCCCCACCCGCGAUUCCGCCCAUGGAGAGUACUGAUAGCUUCAAUCCCGACCUGAAUAGCGCAUCCUCUCCCACCCGGGACGGCGACCUAACCUCGCCCAUCGAAGAUGCCACUCCCGCAUCGCCCGAACAACGGACCGCCCCUCACGAUGCGCAGACGCAGCAGCGCGUGCACGAUAUCUUGCACUCUGAUGUGGGCGUUGCGACUCUUCUGAACCGCCUCAAGGCCAGCAUCGCGAGCGCCCGAGACUUCAGCAGCUUCCUCAAGCGCCGAGGAGCCCUUGAGGAAGAGCACGCCAGCAGCCUCAAGAAGCUGAGCCGCCUAACACUGGACGGUGUACGAAAGCCCGAUACGCGGCAUGAGAGCUACCAAACGCACUACGAGCAGGUUCUCCACGCGAAUGAGCGCAUUGCCGACAAUGGCACCCAGUUUGGCCUUGCUCUACACGCCAUGCAUGAGAAUCUGCUGCAAUUAGCCAACAAGAUGGAUACGAGCCGCAAGACGUGGAAGCAGCAGGGGCUCUCCGCAGAGAACAAGGUGCAAGACGCCGAACGGCUGGCCGAGAAGGCCAAGGCCAAGUACGACCAGCUUGCCGAAGACCUUGAUCGGGUGAAGACAGGCGACACAGGCGCAGGCAGGAAGUUUGGUUUGAAGGGACCUAAGUCGGCCGCUCAGCAUGAGGAGGACCUGCAGCGCAAGACACAGGCGGCGGACCAGGACUACGCCAGCAAAGUGCAGACAGCGCAGGUCUCCCGCAAAGAGCUCGUCGCGACUCUGCGUCCCCAGGCCGUCACUGCACUGCUGGAUCUCAUCAAGGAAACUGAUGCUGCGUUGACCAUGGAGAUGCAGAAAUACGCCUCAUUCAACGAAAAGCUCGUCGUCAACAACGGUCAGGUUGUGAGCCCACAGCCGCUCAAAGGCGCCACUACUCAAGGCCCACCCAGCAUCAACCAGAUGAUCUAUCAGAUCAACAGCGAGCGAGACUUCGACGAGUACAUCUUGAGCCAUGCAUCCAAAGCACCCAUGGCCAAAUCGGAGCUACAGUAUUUGAAGCACCCAACACAGUCGCAGACGCGGUCACAUCCCACACCACCAGCGGCUGCAAGCGGUAACCGACGCGCCUCUAUGCAGCUGCAGAGCCAGCCACCGCCCUCGUUCUCCAUGCCACAACCAGACGCCAAUCCUCUGUCGCCCCAUGGCCCUUCUAGUCUUGAGCCGUUACAGCAACCCUCGUUUGGACCUACCCCCUCUUUUGGAGCUACCUCACAGCCGCCAUCUUCAUCGCUGCAAACGCAACCACAGCAGCCCCAAGCACCGCAGUUCAACAACUCACCCUACUCACCCGUAGCGCAGAACCCUUACCCACAGUCAGAAUAUCCUCGUGGACCCGUCGGUCAGGCCACCGCACAACAAACUAGUGGAGUCCUUUAUAGCAAUUCUUCUCAACCCCCGGUGAACCCUGUCUUUGGCGUCACUCUGGAAGACCUGUUCCACCGAGAUGGCUCACCCGUGCCCAUGGUAGUUUAUCAGUGUAUACAAGCUGUGGAUCUAUAUGGGCUAGAGGUAGAGGGCAUCUAUCGUAUUCCUGGGACCUCGUCACAUAUUCAGCAGAUGAAAGCUCUCUUCGAUAGUGAUGCUUCCCAGGUGGAUUUCCGCAACCCAGAAGCGUUCCAACACGACGUCAACAGCGUGGCUGGAUUGUUGAAACAAUUCUUCCGCGAGCUUCCUGACCCGCUGCUCACUCGCGAAUUCUAUGGCAAGUAUAUCGACGCUGCACGUAUUGAUGACGAGACCAUGCGCCGAGAUUCUAUGCACGCGCUGAUCAAUGCCUUACCUGAUCCGAACUAUGCGACACUUCGUGCGCUUGUUCUACAUCUGCAUCGUGUGCAGCAAUCUUCCGAGGUCAACCGCAUGAGUACUGCCAAUCUGGGCAUCUGUUGGGCGCCAUCCAUAAUGGGACCACACAAAGGAAACAACAUGGCCGACGCCGGCCUGCAAGCCCGUGUUAUCAUAACCAUCCUGGACAACGUACUCCAAAUAUUUGACGAGGAUUAA